CUCGUCGUGUCGGUCAGUCAGAAGCUCCUGAGAAGCUAGCAGAGCUAGCAUGGUACCAGCGGUUGAGUGGGAAGGUCGAUGGUAGGACGGCAGCAUCCUCACAGAGUGUUUCACCUACCUGGCAGUUGUUUUUUUAAUUUAUUUGACAACCUCGCGCACACAGACGAAGGCGAACGUGUUUCCGAAAAGCCGAGUAUUUGACUUGCUCCGCUUUUAAAGUGAGCUAGCUUGAAGUUCCGCUCGGUGUCCUCGCUUCCAUCCGCCUAACGUUACAGCCAUGGCCGCGCUCAGAGCGUCCUACCACAGGAUCCUGGACAAGAUCGAGCACAUGCUGCCCAGCAAACUGAGACCUCUGUACAACCACCCGGCAGGUCCAAGAACAGUUUUCUUCUGGGCCCCGGUGUUUAAAUGGGGUCUGGUUGGAGCUGGUUUGGCUGAUAUGACUCGACCAGCAGACAAACUCAGUACCUCCCAGUCUGCAGUUCUGUUGGCCACAGGCCUGAUCUGGUCCAGAUACUCGUUAGUCAUCAUCCCCAAGAACUGGAACCUGUUCUGUGUCAACUUCUUUGUCGGCGGCGCAGGAGCCACCCAGCUCUACAGGAUCUGGAGUUACAACCAGGAGCAGAAGGCAGCGGUGAAAGAGAUGCCGGCCGAGUCUUGAGUGCUUCUCCACUGAAAAGGAGACACUGGGCCCUCCCAUCAUCGUCCCAUAUUGUCUCCAUAACAGCCAUAACCAUUGUUCUGCCACAUUAAGCCUGAUGCCCCUGAUGGAAAUGUGCACUUUCCCUUGAGUUUCAAAUUUCCUCAGGGUGUAAAAAAACAAACUAACCCAAAAGAGGGACCGAACCGUUUCCAACACUCAAAAAAAUCAUUGUCUUGAACGCACAAGUAUUACUUGUUAAAACUACUGUUAUGAUUGUAAAUUCUUUCAGUUCAUGCUUUAUGUCUCGUGCAUUAGUUGGGAAGUUUUUUCUUUUCUUUUUUUCUCCAAGAUUCGUACUUGAGGUGUAGCAAGCCGUACCUCGUGCACUAAUUUCCCAAAACAUGUAAGUCUCGGAUAUAUGUCGAACGUGGUUUUAAGGAAUGUUUCUAAAUUAAAUCAAGGAUGUCAUCACAUUAGUCUUUUAAUUUACUUAUUUAUAAUUAGCUUACGGUUACCUCAGUGAUUAUUAGAUCAUUAUUGAAUAUAUAUAAUGUAAUGAUUUCUUCCAUUUUAAUGGCUUUAAUCUGUGUGAGAGCGAAUCAUUAAUUUAUUAAUCAUUUGAUUAAAUCAUUCUCUUGUUCUGAAAACUGUAGAAAGAUGCUGUUAUUUUCUGAUUAUCAGGAAAACUGAAACCAAUGGCACAUAUAUUUAUUGAUUGUGAGUCAACAAAGCAAACGCUGACAUGCUAACGGCUCUUAAUGAUCAAAAUCCUGCUGUUGAAUGCUUUUUUUCGAAAAAGGGGUUUUAUCAUUUGUGUGUAAGAAUAGCACUUUCAUUGACAUGUUCCCAACAUAGUUUGUUGUAAUCCCAUGAAUAUUUUAGCAAUAAUUAGUCAUCACUUAAGUAUUUCUUGAUCUGCUGACUGUUUGAACACAUGGCACUUUAAUGGUUGUCAUUAUGGCUCUGUGGCUGAGUGAUUCUAAUAAAUCCUGUUUAACACCA